GAACGGUUAGGAUAUAAGUUCCUUUACUUCGUUAUAAGUGAAAAUGGGAUCCGGAUUUAAGUCAUCUCUUUAUGCAUGUUUACACCUUAUGCCAGAUUGGAUGCGAAGAGUAACCGAUGAUUAUAAGGAGGAGGAAGCAUGCGGAGUUCGGGACUGGGGAAUGCACCUUCUAGAGAAGCAGGGUCGAGCCGCCGUGUGGGCGGUGAGCGCAGAGCUGGGCGCGCGAGCCCCAGGUGUGGCCGCGUUGGCCUGUCGCCUCAUGGAGCGAUACCUUUAUAGCCAGAUGCAGCACUUUGAUAGUCACCAAAUCCAGCGAUUUACGCAGGGACUUCGCUCAAGAAUACCCGCCUUAAUCGCAUCAUGCGUCCAAAUAGCCGCUAAGAGCAACUCUGCCGCUCUCUCCCUGUCGGCCUCGCACGUGUGCAGCUACCUUUACCGGCAAGGCGUCCACCACUCCGUCAAAGAUGUCGUCACGUGGGAAUACCACGUGUUUCAAACUAUCGGCUACCGCGUGCCGCUGUGGACGAGCGUGGAGGUGGCCGAGCUGCUAGCGGUGCAGGCGCGGCUGCCGCCGACGCUGCUGGAGCCGCUGGCCAUCGUCGUCAACCUGGCCGAGUACAAGCGCGACCGGCUAGACCGCCGCGUGCGGUGGGUCGCCAACGUCUCACCUCACAGUUCGAACUCGUCGAGCUGCGACGAGCCAAGCGCGCGGCCGCUGACCGUGCGCACGGCGCACCUCGCCGCGGGCGCCGUGGCGGCGUGCGCUCGAUACUUCGGCCGCACGCGCCCCAUGCUGGAACACCAUCUCGCCUCCUACAUCAACGUACCGCUCUCUUACGUCGAGUGCUUGAGAGACUCCAUACUAGCGGAGGCCAUCAUCGAUGACACUCAUGAUGUUUGCAAGCGGAGAAGGUGCUUGAGAGACUCUAUUUUAGCAGAUGCCAUUAUGGACGACUCUUAUGAUGGUUGCAAGCGGAGGAGGUACGAGUAGUUGCUCCAGUAGAAAGUGUUGCUAGCAGUCUGUCGCUUUGCGAAUGGACUAAGAAAUGUAGAAUGUAAAUGUAGUUGAUA